UGUGACGGACCGGAAGUUGGUAGGAGUGACGAAUCCGGUGCAGGGAAGCUAGCAUCUUGUAGUUCAUGUGACAUCUCAGGAGUGUUCCUGCAAAAUAAAUCUAAUAUAUAUUUAUAUAUUAAAAGUGGUAAAAGAUUUAGAGAUUUUUUUUUUUACAUUAGAUUACCACCUCAAACCGACGAGAGUUGCCUCGCGCUUCACUUCGAUUUUUUUCUGUAUUAUGGCCGGUACAACCACCGACACAGUGUUCAAUAUCUUCCGAAGCAUGGAGAGCGGACCCGCAGCCCCUUCCUCCACAUCCACCGCGCAGGCCUGGCUGGAUCAUCAUUCCCGUUCUCUCGGCUUCUACAUUGAUGGGAAGUUUGUUCAUUUAGCAGAAAGAAAGAGCUUCUCUGUGCUCAACUCUAAAGGUGGUCAGGUGUGCAGCGUGUUGUGUGCUGAAGAGGGCGACGUUUCCCUGUGCGCCUCCUCUGCUGUCAGCGGAUACAAGUUGUGGAGCCUCCUGAGCGGCUACCAGAGAGCCAAAGUGCUGCUCAGGCUGGUGGGGGUCCUUGGGCUGCACGCUCAGUGCUUGUCUGAGCUUUCCCAGCUCUGUGUGACGGCGUGCUCGCCUCCGUCCCUCAUCAGAGUCCUACAGUUCUACAGCAGCUGGGCUCAGCUCCGGGACACGCUCCUCUCCGGCUGGUCGCCUCUUGGUGUGGUGGCUGUCGUCACCUCUGAUGACUCUUCUGUCUAUUCUCUGAUGCUGAAAGUCCUACCAGCGCUCGCCAUGGGUAACUCUGUGAUAGUUGUUCCUGGGCGGAGCAGCGCCCCUCCAGCUCUCCUCCUGUCGCAGCUUUUCUCAGUGGCGGGACUUCCUGCUGGGGCUCUCAAUGUUUUAACAGGAAGUGAUGUCACGCUCGCCGUCAAAGUGGCCCAGGAUCCCAGCAUCCGCUAUGUCACUUACAGCGGCAACAAGCCGGACGGGCUGGCCCUGCUUCAGGCCUCAGCGGGGAUGGGGGUUCCUGUCUCUGUGUCCCCCUUUAUUGGGGCCACGUGUCCCUUCAUCGUCUUUGAGUCGGCUGACAUAAACAGCGCUGUGGAUGAAGUGAUAGAGGCAGCCCUUAAGAAGAAGAGUGAGGUCCACUGGGUGAUGUGCGUGCAGGAGAGCGUGUACGAUAACGUUGUGGAUCGUCUGAAGCUGCGCUUGGCCGGGUUAAAGUGCGUUUCCCUUCAGAGUGAGGCGGACCGCAGCCUGGUGGACGCUGCAGUGCAGGAGGCUCAACAGCAGGGGGCAGUGUUAAUCCAGUCCUGUGCCGCCCCCCCAUCUGGGGCUCAGUACCCCCCCACGGUGCUGUGCGGGGCGGCCCCCGCCUCCCCGUGUGUGGUCAGCCCGGCUCCUGGACCUCUACUGCCGCUCAUGACCUUCAGGUGUCACAAAGAGGCAGUCGCUGUGGGGAACCACAGUCCUCACGGCCUGGCAGCUUCCAUCUGGACUGAAGACCUCACCCUGGCUCUGGAGACCGCCAAGAAUCUGUCGGUAGGCUCGGUGUGGGUGAAUUCUCACUCCGUGUUGGAUCCCUGUCUGCCCGUCUGCGCUCACAAAGAUGGCGGCAGCUGCACAGACGGAGGACAGGAGGGUUUGUACCAGUUCCUGCAUCCGUCCGUCUCCUCUCCUCCUCUUCGUUCAUCCCCUGUUUCUUUGGAUUACUCAAAGUUUGGGACAGAGGUGUCACCAGCAAUCAUUCCUGACCCUACCAGUUCUCCUCCGUCCUACCUGCAGUUUGUUGCCGGCAAAGCCUGUAAAUCUGUGUCUGGCUGCAGUGUUGCUGUGCGGUCACCAGGGGGCAGUGGUGUGCUGGGGCUCUGUCCAGAAGGUGGCCGGAAAGACAUCCGUAACGCUGUGGAGGCGGCCAUCAAAGCCCAACCUGGCUGGCAGAAGAAGAGUCCGUCGGCACGCGCGCUGUCGCUUCACUCACUGGCAAAAGGUGUGGAGGCAAAGAGGCGGGAUCUUGCAACAUCAGUGAGCAAUCAGACUGGUGUGUCCGUGGAUGAGGCUGACAAAGAGGUGGAGCAAAGCAUCACCAGGCUCGCUCUGUGGGCGGCUUACUGUGACAAAGUGCAGGGAGGAUCUCUGCCCAUGCCAAAGUCAGGCUCCGCCCUCUCCUUCCCAGAAGCCCUGGGGGUUGUUGGGAUUGUCCUGCCUGAUGAGAGCCCCCUCCUCUCCAUGGUGACACUUCUCGGAGCAGCGAUCGCCUCAGGAAAUGCAGUUGUAAUGGUUCCCAGCCAGAAGCAUCCGCUGCCCACCAUAGCUUUCAUUCAGGUGCUGCAGUCUUCUGACCUGCCAGCAGGGCUGGUUAACAUCGUGACAGGAAAUCGAGACCAGCUGACGGCGGCUCUCGCUAACCACAGCGUCAUCAGGUCUAUUUGGUACUGGGGCAGCGCUGAGGGAUGCCAGUACCUUCAGUACACGUGCACCCGCCCACUGAAAACCCUGAGGCUGGUCAGCCAGAGGGACCAGGAUGGAGGUGUGGACUGGACUCAGCCCAGCCCAUCGUUCUUGGAGGAUCUAUGGAGGAAUGCCGUCCAGUGGAAGAGCGUGUGGAUCCCCACUGCUUAAUUUGACAGUCGGAAAGAAUCCAUAAAGCAACAACUGUAGAAGAAGCUGUCGCUUUAGUAAAGAUGACCAAAAUCCACA